GCCAUGGUCACUAGCAUGGCCUCGAUCCUGGACGGCGGCGACUACCGGCCCGAGCUCUCCAUCCCGCUCCAUCACGCCAUGAGCAUGUCCUGCGACUCGUCCCCGCCCGGUAUGGGCAUGAGCAACACCUACACCACGCUGACGCCGCUCCAGCCGCUGCCGCCCAUCUCCACCGUGUCGGACAAGUUCCACCACCCGCACCCGCACCACCACCCGCACCACCACCACCACCACCACCACCAGCGCCUGUCGGGCAACGUCAGCGGCAGCUUCACUCUCAUGCGAGACGAGCGUGGGCUCCCGGCCAUGAACAACCUCUACAGCCCCUACAAGGAGAUGCCCGGCAUGAGCCAGAGCCUGUCCCCGCUGGCCGCCACACCGCUGGGCAACGGGCUGGGCGGCCUCCACAACGCGCAGCAGAGCCUGCCCAACUACGGGCCGCCGGGCCACGACAAAAUGCUCAGCCCCAACUUCGACGCGCACCACACUGCCAUGCUGACCCGUGGUGAACAGCACCUGUCCCGUGGCCUGGGCACCCCGCCUGCGGCCAUGAUGUCUCACCUCAACGGCCUGCACCACCCGGGCCACGCUCAGUCCCAUGGGCCGGUGCUGGCGCCCAGCCGUGAGCGGCCACCCUCGUCCUCGUCGGGCUCGCAGGUGGCCACAUCGGGCCAGCUGGAGGAGAUCAACACCAAAGAGGUGGCCCAGCGCAUCACCGCAGAGCUGAAGCGCUACAGCAUCCCACAGGCGAUCUUUGCGCAGAGGGUGCUGUGCCGGUCUCAGGGGACUCUCUCCGACCUGCUCCGGAACCCAAAACCGUGGAGUAAACUCAAAUCUGGCAGGGAGACCUUUCGCAGGAUGUGGAAGUGGCUGCAGGAGCCCGAGUUCCAGCGUAUGUCCGCCUUACGCCUGGCAGCGUGCAAACGCAAAGAGCAAGAACCAAACAAAGACAGGAACAAUUCCCAGAAGAAAUCCCGCCUGGUGUUCACCGACCUCCAGCGCCGAACACUCUUCGCCAUCUUCAAGGAGAACAAACGUCCUUCCAAAGAGAUGCAGAUCACCAUCUCCCAGCAGCUGGGCCUGGAGCUCACGACCGUCAGCAACUUCUUCAUGAAUGCCCGGCGCCGCAGCCUGGAGAAGUGGCAGGAUGACCUCAGCACAGGGGGGUCCUCGUCCACCUCCAGCACUUGUACCAAAGCGUGAUGGCAGGACUCUCAGGGGGCACGCCACCUCCAAAUGAGGACAACAGAGACCCAAAGAAAACACAAAGGACAAAACAAAACACCGGUUUCAUAGCUGGGGCCCUUCACUGGUGAUUUGAAAGCACAAUUCUCUUGAAAAGAAACUUCUAUUCUAGCUGUAAUCAUAGGCCAGGUGUUCUUUUUGUUUGUUUGUUUUCAACGGCUAUGGAGUCCAAGUGCAAGCUGAAAAUCAAUCUCUUUGAGCUGGACAUUGUCCUCUGAGCAUGCUAAGCCAUCCCAGAAAUCCAAACGGGGCCUUCCUGGAGGGAGUUAACUUCAGUGUGGUGUCAUCAAAACUCAGGAUGGCUGAAAAUGUCAACAGUCCUACUUCAGGGCCUGUCACCUCUAGCAGCCCAAGUUUCCACAAGUAGUAGCCAGAAUGUGGCCUGUGUGAGGACUCCGAGUUUGGGCUUCUGAGAUGAAUCUUGCCACAAAGACGACCUCAUUUGUCUGAGAGCUUAGCCUACUCAUACGCAGCACCCCAAAGUUCACAGCCAUAACAUGAAAAACAUCAGAAUGAUAACUACUGAGCACAAGUCUUAAAUGUGGAAGUAAAACAAAAAAUCCAAGGACCUGUUUUUCCAACUCAGGCAUUUUUCAUUGAAUGGUUUAGGAAAAGCUUUGAGUUGAUGUCGUUUACAAUUUUCUUUUUCUUACCUCCUGGAAAUCUCACAUGGUCUUGGAUCCAUUAAAAAAAGAAAAGGAAAAAAAACCCGAAUCAGUUCACUUGAGCUCAAGUAUCAAGCACAACAAAGAUAAACAGAGAAAUAAGGACAGUUCCGGAUUCACCACAUCUGGAUUUUCAAGAGGCCGGUUGUGAAGUCAUUAGGGAAUCAUUGGGAAAUGGCUUCAAGCACAUUUUGCAGUUUGCUACAAAUUCUGUUUGUACAUAAUGCAGACGCACACUCAGGAGGCCAAUUAAACUGUUAACGGUACAUGGCGCAAAUGCAACAUUUAAAAAGAUCUAGAUUUUUUUAGAUCAUUAAUGGAUCCUUCUCGGUUACUCGUCACCUGGUCCUCUACCGUGCAUUAUGACCACUACGUAAUUCAUUCAGACUCUUUCAGAUGUGGGUUCUUCCCUCCUCCAUCCCAUUGGUAGGGAUGUUUUCAGUGUUUUCUAGCAAGUAAAAAAAAGUAAUCAAACACUGUACAUGUUCCUCAUGACUGUCCUCUCCUCCCAAAUCUCUUCCAUUGUUGAAUCAUCCUAGCAAAACCACGGAAUAAGUCUGGAGAAAACACAGCACACCAAAGAAGCAGAAUACUGCAAACCAAAGACAUGUAUGACUUGCCGUUUUCUAGCCUAAAAAUACUGUGAUUACUUUUAGAAAUCAGAAAACCUCUGCAACUCUGAAAGGCAUUCAGCUCUUGCAUUUGGCUCACCAUCAGGCUGAGCGGACCGGCCACACCGAGGACGUUAGCCAAGCCACCUCCCGGAGAGUGGCUUUGCCACGCCAGCUCUGGUUCCUGGCUGUCACCUUCCCACAGCAAGUGGAAGAGCGUCCACAGAACUCUGGGAGGUUGCGAAAGUCACAAUGUGCAUAUUUACCAGUGAAUGGCCCCAGGUGGGCACCAUGGGGGUGUUCGAAGCAAGCCAAACGCUGCAAUGAUUCUUUACAGACACUUGAGACUGACUUUUUUAUGAAUUACUUAAUCGAAACCAAAGAAACUUUUUCUGCACCUACUUCUGCAACAAACCAAACUGUCCCAAUAAAAUGAAUAACUAAAUAUACAGAAAUCAACGAAAAUCACCACCAACAAGAAGGAAGCAACAAAUAACAACCACAAAAGAGCGAGACACACUGUGUUCAGACAGACCUCUGGGACAUUUUUUGGAAGCAGAUUUUAAAGAAAGGGUUGAGACAAGAAUCGAAAUAAGGAAAAGCCACCGCGGCUGCCACUUCAUUUGACAACUCACGCGGUGAUCUUCAAGUUGAAGAUUGUCUUUAAUUUGUGCCUAUGCAGUUUUUCAAAAGAACACGGAACAGAGCAACAGAAACCUCAACAGCUACAAUACCAAAGAUGAGGAUUUCUCACACCUUUUGUUUCUGCUCAUUUUCUCCUCUUGCCUGGCUAAAAUACUAAUAGCGCCAUUGAUCUGUGUAAAGGUAAUCAAUUUUG